AUGCAGACAAACUUUCUUUCCCAGCAAUUUAAUGCUGGUUCUUUGGCAGAAAACUCCACGGCUUGUCCAGCAAAUGCUACUAUUUGUGAUGGCACCUCUUGUAUAUUGACAGGAGAUAAUUUUAAUCAAACUUUGAGCGUAGUUUUAAGUACUGUUCUAACAAUCAUGCUGGCUUUGGUGAUGUUCUCCAUGGGCUGCAAUGUGGAAAUUAAGAAUUUCUUGGGCCACAUAAAAAGACCCUGGGGUAUAUUUGUGGGUUUCCUUUGCCAGUUUGGAAUUAUGCCUCUCACAGCCUUCUUGCUCUCUUUGGCCUUUAACGUCCUUCCUAUUCAAGCUGUCGUGGUGAUGAUCAUGGGAUGCUGUCCGGGGGGCACAGCCUCGAAUGUCAUUGCCUACUGGGUGGAUGGAGACAUGGACUUAAGCAUCAGCAUGACAACUUGCUCCACGCUGCUUGCAAUGGGAAUGAUGCCACUUUGUCUCUUUAUUUACACCAAAAUGUGGACUGAUGCUGAUGCAAUUGUACUCCCCUAUAACAGCAUUGGACUUUCUCUGGUAGCUCUUGUAAUUCCUGUUUCGGUUGGAAUAUUUGUCAACCACAAAUGGCCUAGUAAAGCGAAAAUCAUACUUAAGGUAGGUUCCAUUGUGGGAGCAGUGCUCAUCGUGCUCAUUGCUGUGGUUGGGGGAAUACUCUACAAAGGCUCCUGGAUUAUCACACCAAAAUUAUGGAUCAUUGGCACCAUAUUUCCAGCGGCUGGCUAUACUUUAGGAUUCUUUCUGGCUCGUCUAGCUGGUCUGUCUUGGAACAGGUGUCGUACCGUGUCUCUGGAAACAGGCAUGCAAAACACUCAGCUAUGUUCCACUAUAGUACAGCUCUCAUUCACUCCUGAACAACUUGAACUGAUGUUUACUUUCCCACUCAUCUACAGCAUUUUCCAGCUGUUGUUUGCACUACUAAUUUUAGGAGGCUACCGUCUUUACAGAAGACACCAUGUCAAAACAAAGACAGAUGUUGAGAAAACUGCACAAAAAGAGGAUUCAAAAUCAAGUGCUAAAAUAAAUGGAGGAUUUGUAUCAGAUGAGAUGAAAUAG